GUCUUAGACAGGCUCAAGACAUUACAUUCAUUCACCCCUCAGGAAGGAAGACCAAACACGUUUAAUUCCCAUAAUCUAUAUCUCUUGGUGUUUUCAUUCCCUUCAAUACGGUCGGCACCACUUUUCAAUUAAUUAUCCCGUCUAUAUUCUCGGCUUCCCCCCCCCCCCCGCCCCUCCUUCUCACUUUCUCGAAAGAAGAAAAAGACACGGAAAACAGACAGACAACCAGUUGCCCAACAUGAAGGCCUGUCACCUCCUCAGCUCCCUCUAUCUCACGCCGCUGGUACUGGCCGCACCAGUGGUCCAUACAUCGGUUCUCAUUGCCGGAGCCGCAACUAGGACUGUCGUCCUCCGCACGGGUCCUGUUUCUCACACAUCCCAUUUCGACGGAUCCUCGGCGCAUAUCAUUGAAGAUAUGGACCCCAAAGCGCCAGAAGACGCAUUAUCAUCAUCACCGCCAUUAUCACCCUCGGCAGCGCUCGACUCGGAACGGCCCCUCACCACCGCAGAGCUCAUGGCCCUCUCCAACCCAGCACCUAUCAUGUCGACGUCACCAUCCAAGAAGGGCCCGGAGGAGAGGCCUCUAGCUACCAAGGGCUCGGCCCUCUCGGUCGGCGCCCUCGUCGCCCCAGGAACCCAACCAGGAGACCAGGCACAGGUCCACGACAUGGACAAUGUCAAGCCAUUUCUCGUCCCGGGGUAUUAUGUUUCCUCGCAGCGUGCAGACGUGCUCGUGGUGGCCUUGAUUUUAGUCUUCGUGCUGGUCGUUCUCGCGGUGGAGACCUCAAGCCUCGUGGUUGGGAUUGUAUCGAAAGUUUUUAGAUGUGGAAAGCAUAGACGGAGUCUGGAGGAUAAGGAACGGGGGCCAGUGGUUGUUGGUCUGAUGAUGGACUGUGGGUUGGAUGGCGACGAUGAGGGUCUUGCGCCAUUUGCAGGGUACAGGCUCCGCGAUGAGCAGAGGAGCUUAAGGCUACCCGAGAAGCUGGACGAGAAGGCCGCCUUGGUAUGAUGGCACAUCUUCUCUAUGUGUCCAUGACUGGAUUGGGCGGUGUGCCCUUUCCUUUCUUUCCUUCUCGGAUAUUUUUUUUCUCUUUAUAGCGAAUGUUUAUGAUCUACUGC